AUGAGGGCAUCCACUCAAUCAAUUGUUGCCGCCGUGGCCUCGGUCCUAAGAGUGUUUCAAGUCAACCCUCCCAUACUGACGCCGGAAGCCAUCUCGCACAGGACACUGCUUCAAGACGAAGGGGGCUCUUCUGGGUCAUUUGUUUCUCAGGUCCCAGGAUGCACCGUCACGCAAACCCUUAUGGUUCACUCCUUCGCGAACAGCUAUGGCCACCCGUACGUCGGCCCCUACGCGCCUCCCCAAUGCUCUUUCAAUCGAGUGACGCUCAAUCUCACCGUGAGAGCUGCCGGCAAGCAGUUUGAUCGACUAGCAGUGGCCUACUUCGGUGAUAUUGAGAUCUGGCGAACCAGCACAGCGGAACCGACUCCCAAUGGUAUCAUAUGGACCUAUGUCAAAGACGUGUCCCACCUCUUGUCGCUAUUCACUCGCAAUCAAACGCUAAUCUUUGACCUUGGCAACCUCAUCAACGAAAACUACACCUCACCAUUCAAUGCCACCUUGCAGGCAACUUUCUUCACGACCACUGACACGGAAAAACGGGCAGAUCUGAUCGUUCCCAUAUCAGCCGGACGAUGCGCCAGCAACAAGUCCAGCGCCUGGAAUUAUCAUUAUGGUGGAGCAUUGAACACGCUCGUAUUGCCGCAGAACAUCGAGCGGGCGGUCUUCACCGUCUCUGCAACCGGUCAAAUGGACGAAGAGUUUUGGUAUUCCAAUGUGCUCUGUUCGAACGUUCAUACUUUUGGAGCCGACACGCUCCCGGGCUACUCCCCCUUUCGGGAGAUCCAACUGCUCAUUGACGGCGAUUUGGCCGGAGUUGUAUGGCCUUUUCCCAUCAUCUUCACUGGCGGCAUCGUCCGCGGCUUCUGGAGGCCGGUCGUGGGCAUUGAUGCGUUCGACAUCCGUGAAGAUGAAAUUGACAUAACUCCCUGGCUACCGUUGCUAUGCGACGGUGAAAGUCAUUCCUUCGAGCUCCGUGUCGUUGGCAUUGAUGAUAAUGACAUUCGAAGUGGUCUUUUGUCUGAGUCGGUUCUUACGGGCAAAAUAUUCAUCUGGUUGGACUGCGUGGGAUCCGUAACGUCCGGAAGCUAUCCUAUUGCGAAUGCGUCCGCUUACUCCAUUGCCUUGUCAUCCGCAGUCGGCACCACAUCGAACGGGACAAAUUGCACCCUGUCCUACACCGUCGACGUGGAUCGCCAACUCUCUAUUUCGUCGGAGGUCCAGACCUCUCACGGCACCAAAGUGGCCGUCUGGCAGCAAUCUUUGGCAUAUUCGAACCAAGGUAAUAUAUCAGACUACGGAGAUGUUCAAGUCACUCGACAGAACACUCUUGGUAAGGCCACCUCAUCAGAAGGCUAUUCGCGUGCCUUUAAUUAUCCACUUUUCGUGAACAGCACCAUCGUGCAGGACAAGAGCGCCAGAACUCUCUUCAUCUCCGCGUCUCUGAGAAGGGGUCAGGAUAUUGAGAUUAGCGGCCAUUCGGUAUUCCCAACAUCCUUGGAGUGGUUCGACCCGAGAUAUCCAGAAGAGGUUGGGAGAUGUGGUGCGCACCCAAGAUUCAGCGGGAGUCGCUUGAGUACGGUCCAGAAUGGAAGCGCCGUGUAUUUCAGUCACGGCAACACCUCCGUCAGUCCAGGAACGACGCAGCAGGAUUUAUCCUUCUACGGCAUCCAGACUCAAGCUCUGGGGAGCAGUUCAGUAAACCUGGUGGAUUUGUAUCACAGACAUGUUCUUGCUGUCAAUGAUACGCUUGUACGUGACGAAGAGACCUUCCCGCGCGAAGCGAAUUAA